ACAAGUGUGGUUUGACGUUUGAUAAAUGUUAGAAUACAAUACAGUGCAUCUGUUUUCGUGUGAUAAUUCGGAAAUAGUUUAUCCAAAAUUGAAAUAAAAUUACGGAUUGUUACAUUAAUUAAGAAGUUUUUAUAUAUACUACUUUCUUUACGUCUUGAAGAAAAAAAAAACUUCUGAAGAUGUUGGCUUUGAUGAACAGAAUUCUGGACUGGUUCCGGAGUUUAUUUUGGAAAGAAGAAAUGGAAUUAACAUUAGUAGGGCUGCAAUAUUCCGGAAAAACGACAUUCGUUAACGUUAUCGCUUCUGGGCAGUUUAGUGAAGACAUGAUUCCCACUGUUGGCUUUAACAUGAGAAAAAUAACAAAAGGAAAUGUUACCAUUAAAGUGUGGGAUAUUGGAGGACAACCGAGGUUCAGGUCAAUGUGGGAACGUUAUUGUCGUGGUGUAAACGCAAUUGUAUACAUGGUGGAUGCAGCAGACCCAGAAAAAAUUGAAGCUUCAAGAAAUGAACUUCACAAUUUGCUUGAUAAACCACAGUUAGCUGGUAUUCCUGUUCUUGUUUUAGGAAAUAAAAGAGACUUGCCACAUGCUCUCGAUGAAGUUGGUUUAAUAGAAAGAAUGAACCUAUCAGCUAUUCAAGAUAGAGAAAUAUGCUGCUAUUCAAUCUCGUGUAAGGAAAAGGAUAACAUUGACAUUACACUGCAAUGGCUAAUUGCACAUUCAAAAUCCUAGAUUAAGAGUACAGUCAAAUUGUGUGCAUAUACAAGCUAAAGAGUUUAAUGUCAGUGCUCCAUAAUAUCAAUUGACUGUAUGUAGCUUUCAAGAAACCUAGGUCCUACAUUUCAUUUACUAAAUGGUAAGUUUUAAAACCUAAAAAUGCAAGAGUUAUGUAGAUAAAUUCAUUCACUUAAAAAAGAAAAGA